AUGAUGAAAUUCCUAGUAGUAUUGAGCGUUGCCCUGGCUAUUGCUGAAGGCACCAACGUGGCCAGAUGCAUUAACCACGCUGGAGAUUUGCCUGCCAGCACCCGCAUUGAAGGCUGCAACAAUCCUCCUUGUGUCCUGCCUCAGCUCCGUGAUGCCGUUGUCCACAUGACAUUCAGAGCUCCACGUAACAUGCAGUCCAUGCGCACUUUAGCCACCGCUUACUUGGGCUCCAUCCCCGUCCCAUAUGACCUCGGCAACAAUGCAAACACCUGCAACCACCUCACGAACACCAGAUGUCCGGUCAACGCUGGAACAAAUGUCCAGUACACCCUGAGGAUGUUUAUCGAGAGCUGGUUCCCAGUGGGUACCUCAGCGACGAUUGAGUUCAGAGUCGUGGACCAAAGCAACAACCCAGUCGUUUGCGUCCGAGUUCCAAUCAGAAUCAGUCGCUCUAACAAAUACAUCGCAGGCGAGAGUGGAUUUCUCCCUGCCAUCGAAGCUACCGAAUACUAA